AUUUAUAUCGAUCAAACUACCAUUUGAAAUUAGUCAGUCAAAGGAUAGGAUUGGAAUUUUAGUUCAUCUUCAAUACCUUCUCAAUCAUGAGCCACGCUUAUAAAGUGCAGAAACAGCUAAAGGAAGAGCAAAUGUUGCUGGUCAAACCACUGAUAAAUGAAAAUUUAGUACUUGUACCACCUACUCAAUCAAAAUUUACUGUUGUCGAUCACAACUUUGAUGCUAGGCAAAAGAAACGCGUAUCUGAGGACCAACAAAUACUGGCAGAUCGAGUAUUGGGGGAGAGUGACCGCAUAAUAGACGAGACGCGACAAUUAACCGAACAAUGGAAAAAGGAAUCCGAUUUUCGAUUGAAAGAACGGUUGGUAGACAUUCAGUUCCUCUUAGACGAAGUGAAACGACAAAAAUCGGAAGCAUGCUUGGAAGAGGAAGCACUAAAAAUUUAUCGCAAUCGAUUGUUGAACACGAAAAAACUUCUCGAUGCUGAGCAUAUUACUCGACAAUGUGUUUGUUUACGAGAAAAACGGAUAGGAAUCGAUUUGGUCGAUGAUGACGUUGAAAAGGAAUUAAAAAGAGAACUGAACACUUUCGACGGUUGUCGACUAAUUUUGGAUGAGACUUUAUCCCAAAUCAAUGAACAAAUUCGACGUCUUAGAGCUUCCAAUUAUCUUCUGGACAGAGAUUCGUUCAACAAGGACAAAUCUUAUCAUAUCGAUGAGGUGAACUUAACGAUGCGUCCGGACCAACAGGAAAUGAGUGUGUAUGAAGGAUCGAAUUCGUUAGAAAAUUACAAUACAACCCCAAAGGAAUGGGAAAAACUGACAAUGGCAAACAUUCAAAACGCUGCCAAAGAGCUAAACACAGCGAAGCCUUUGAGAUCGUAUUGCGAUGUAAUACUGAAGCAAGUGAUUGAAGAUUUGACGAACCAAGUAAAUAGAACCAACGAGGCGUUUAUGCAGAGGAUCAGUGAAAUCAGAUAUGCCAAAGCGGCGUUAGAGAGAGUCCACAACGAGACUGCAACAAAAGUUAACGACAUUACACGAAAUAUCACCAGAUUGGAAAAGGAACUGGCCGAUAAGGAAGGUUUUGUGGCACUGUGCCAAACAAGACUAGCUAAUCGGGCAUAUCGACCUGGACCCGAACUAUGCAAGGACAACGUUCAUAACGCGUUAUCGCAAGAGCUUCAAACACUUAAAGAAACUGUAGUCAGUCUUAACAAAAUGUUGAUUGAGACAAAAGCAACAUUACGUUACCUAUUACACACCCAGAUGACGCAGGAGGAACAAAUCAACAUCAAAACGAAUAGCCUAAAAAUUGACGACGUUGAUUGUAUGACAGCACGGGAAGGUUUAAAAUUCACUUCGUUUUAGUUGGAAUAAAAUUUCGAUUUAAUGCA